AUGCCGUCCACCGCCGCCGCCGCCGUCGACCCCAUGAGCGGCUACUGCGCCGCCACGGGGACCUUCCACAGCCUCCGGGAGCCCAUCCCCCUGCCGCCGCCGGACCAGCCGCUCUCCUUCCCGGCCUUCGCCUUCUCCUUCCUCCCCUCCCCGCUCCCCGCCCACCCGGCCCUCAUCGACACCGCCACGGGCGAGGCCGUAUCCUUCCCGGCCUUCCUCGCGCAGGUCCGCGCCCUCGCCACGGCCCUCCGCUCCCACCUCCGCGUCGCCCGCGGCGACGUGGCCUUCGUCCUCGCGCCCCCCGGCCUCCGCCUCCCCGCGCUCUACUUCGCGCUCAUGGCCGUCGGCGCCGUCGUCUCCCCCGCCAACCCGGCCCUCACCACGGGGGAGCUGGCCCACCUCGCCGCGCUCUCCAAGCCCUCCCUCGCCUUCGCCGUCUCGGCCACGGCCGGCAAGCUCCCGCCGGGGAUCGCCACCGUCCUCCUCCUCGACUCCCCAAGAUUCCUCUCCUUCUUGCAGGGCCCCGGCGACUCCUCCGUCAUGGACGCGACCGUGAUUCACCAGUCAGACCCCGCCGCGAUACUCUACUCCUCCGGCACCACCGGCCGCGCCAAGGCGGUCGUGCUCACGCACCGCAACCUCAUGACCUCGCGCGUCAUGGCCGCUUCGGCGCCGGCGGCACCCGAGGUCCUGCUGCUGACCGUGCCGGUAUUCCACGUCUACGGAUUCGUGCUCUGCUUCAGGCCGGUAAUAGCUACAAACACGCUGGUGCUGCACACGGCGAGGAGGUUUGACCCCAGGGCGGUGCUGGAGGCGAUAGGGAGGUUCAGCGUCACGCGGCUAGCCCUGGCGCCGCCGGCGCUGCUGGCGAUUGCCAAGACAGCUGAGGGCGACGAGAGUGUGGCUGGCAGCACGGCGACGCUGCAGUCCGUGCUCUGCGGCGGCGCAUCCGUGUCGCCAGAGCUUAUCCGGCGCUUCUCCCAGAAAUUCCCCCACGUCUGUGUUACACAGGGAUAUGGACUGACCGAGACUACAGCGGGGUUUUGCCGUUCCAUCAGUGCAGAAGAAAGUCGACGAGUUGGAUCAGUUGGGCGUCUUUCGUGGGGCACUGAAGCGAAGAUCGUUGACCCUGAAACAGGGGAUGCUCUGCCUCCUGGUGUGGCCGGCGAGCUUUAUGUCCGGGGACCUUUCGUGAUGAAAGGUUACCUUGGUGACAAGGAAUCGACCUCCGAGGUUUUGGAUUCUGAAGGAUGGUUGAGAACUGGGGAUGUUUGUAUGAUUGGAAAAGAUGGAUUCCUCUUUGUGGUCGAUCGGAUGAAAGAGUUGAUCAAGUACAACAGCUACCAGGUUGCUCCUGCGGAACUGGAGGACUUGCUUCAAACACACCCAGGUAUCGAUGAAGCCGCGGUUGUUGGAUACCCAGAUGAGCAGGCUGGUGAGCUGCCGGUAGCAUUUGUGGUAGGACGCUCUGGAAGUGACUUGCAUGAGGCAGAGAUCAAAGACUUUAUCGCUAAACAGGUCGUGCACUAUAAGCGGAUCCACCGUGUUUUCCUCGUGGAUUCCAUACCAAAAAAUGCUUCGGGCAAGAUCUUGCGGAAGGACUUGGCUAAGUUAGUGUUGCAUCAGAUUAGCGCCAAGCUGUAAACAUGUUGGUGUCUGUAUGAGGGCAACAGAAGUCAUUCUUGCUUGAUAAAUCGAUAAUGGAUAGCUGAUAUGUCUCCUAACUGUCAGUAAGAAAGGAUUGAAUGAAUGACUGUCGGUGAUGGUACUACAAAUUGUAACCAUGUUUACGAAGUCGACUUAUGGAAAUAUAAAAGAUGGCAAGGUUUAAUGUU